ACUUCACAAGGAUUUUGCCGCCUCCUCCUUGGCUUCUUCUUCCUUUCCUCGGAUUGUUUCAGUAGCUGAGAAUACAAAGGGAAGCAAGAUGGGUUCCAACGAACCAUCCUCUUUCUUCUUCGGCUUUGUGAAUUUAUAUGUACUUUAAUCUCCUUUCUUUCUUGGGAUGCUUCAGCUUCUGCGAAAACAGCAAUGGCCGAGUACAUCUGUUUGUUUCACAAGGAUACUCUAAUUAUAAAGUCUCCCAAGAAAUCUCCAUUGUUCUUAAGGACAGUAGUUUUAUUGUUUGCUGUAUUGUGUGGUAUUUAUAUCUGCACAGUCUGUUUAAAGCAGAUAAGUGUUGUUACCAAGCUCAAAUUUCAAAACAUUCAAGUCAUACAGAAUCCAACUUCAGAUAAUGACAUUACUGAGCAAGUAGAAGCUGUAAUUCCUACUUUGCACUACCCUAAACCUGAAACUUUUAGCAGGGGUGAAUGCGCACGAAAUCCGGUACGAUUCUUUGCCAUAUUGUCGAUGCAAAGGUCUGGAAGUGGAUGGUUUGAGAGUUUGCUAAAUAGUCAUAUUAAUAUAAGCUCGAAUGGGGAGAUAUUCUGUCCAAUGGAUAGGAGGAAAAACAUUUCAACAAUUAUACAGACUUUGGACAAAGUUUACAAUUUGGAUUGGCUCAAUAGUGCUUCCAAGAAUGAGUGCUCUGCCGCUGUUGGCUUCAAGUGGAUGCUGAAUCAGGGAUUGAUUCUGCACCAUAAAGAAAUAGUAGAAUACUUCAACUGUCAAGGAGUGUCUACCAUAUUUCUCUUCCGAAGAAAUUUGCUUCGGAGAAUUGUUUCUCUGCUUGCAAAUUCAUAUGAUCGCUAUGCCAAGCUAUUAAAUGGAACCCACAAGUCUCAUGUUCAUUCACAGGAAGAGGCAGCUGCUCUUUCAAGAUACAAGCUGGUAAUCAACUCUACAUCAUUAAUAAGUGAUCUGAAAGAACUAGAGAUGGAUGCUGUCAAGGCUAUAGAAUACUUCAAUAGCACCCGCCACAUGGUUUUGUACUAUGAGGAUCUCAUCACAAACAGUACAAAACUAAAAGAUGUUCAAGAGUUUCUAGGUCUUCCGCCGACGGGAUUGACUAGUCGACAGGUUAAAAUACACAAAGGUCUGUUGUCUGAUUUUGUGAAGAACUGGGAUGAUGUGGUAAAGACAUUAAACGGCACACGAUACAAGAGUUUCCUCGAAGCUGACUACUAAGAAUGACUCCCUUGCUAACAAAAAGAAGGUUAUGGAUGCAAUCUUCCGUUGAGUUUUUCCUUUUUUACAGAAUGCUUAUCAGACGUACUCCCGAAUCGAAAAUUUUUGGUUGCUGUGAAAAGGAUGGCGAUGAUUCCGGCAACACUUGAGUGUUCUAUACCAUAGUGAACCGUGUAGCAGUUUUUUUUUUUUUUGAAUUAUAUUGAUAAUACAGACAGCAUGUAUAUGCCAGCUAAUGAAA